AUGAUAUUCUACGUACAACUAAUAAAAUAAUAAAUUUUAUCACAUACAUACAUAAAUAUAUUUGUUUUAAAACUAGAAACAAACUGUGCAUCACACGAGCUUAAUCAAGUAUAGCUAUAUUAAAAACUAAUUAGAAUACUAAUGUUAUUUAGGAGAUUAUUGAAAAAAUUUGGCUACCAUUGAGAAACCGCAGUUGUAAAUAGAGCUGUCAAAAACUGACCUAACCCGAAAAAUUUACCCGAACCCGAUUAUUAACCGACCUGUUUGAACCUGAAAAAAGGUGACCUGAACCCAAUAUAACCCGACCUGAAACCAACCCUAGACCCGAGUUAAUCCGAGUAUUUGAGACCCGAACUCGAACAUGAACCGACCUGGAGAUGACCUGUCCUGAAUAUUGUUAGGAUUUACAGCGAUUUCAAUCAAGAAAAUCACUUAACAGAAAAUAUAUGUGUGGGUACAAAUCCUAAAUAAUGUGAUUACAUUAUUAAAUUGUAAAUAACAAAUACAAACCAAUGUAUUACAAUCAAGUAUUAGAAAUGUCAAAGAAAUUACUGAAAAUUUACAAAGACUACUCUAGUGUGAAAAUGAUCAAACUUGCCUUUCCUCCAAGCCGACAACACCAAGCAUGUAUACACUUUCAAAUCUUGUGUCCCGUAAGACUCAAAUCUUGAUACAUUGUCAAAGGCGUGUAUACAGUUUCCUAAAGAGGUUUAUUUCCCCCACAUGGUGCUUAGGUUAAAUCGGAAAUCCUCUUUGAGAUACAAUUGACAGCAAAUUUCGUUUUUAGCACUAGAAUCGGAAUACAAUGAACAAUUCACAAAGUUGGCUAAAUUUCAAGAGUUUUUCUCACAAAAGUUUGCAAGAAGUUUGAGAGAAAAAUGUGGAGAAUACCUUUGGGAGAGAAGAUGAACCAAAGUUCUGUCCUUUUUUCCAUUUCACGAGAAUCUCUUUUUAAUAAAAGAAAUAACCGUCAGCAUAAAACCGCAAAACAGGGAGGCGCGGGCACGCCUCCCAAAAUCUGCGAGAUUCCAUAAGAAGGCAGUGAGGGGCGCGGUUUAAGCGCGGCUAGAAGCGCGGGCGCACCAACCACACCCUUCUAAUCUGCUGAUUUCCAGAGAGGUGCGCGGUUUGGGCGCGCGCUCUGCGCGGCCGCGCCUACCUUGCGCGGGCGCUCUUCAUGGGCACGAGCGCGCACCACCAACACUUUAAAUAAUCAAUAAAUAUAACCCGUAAAUUAUUGACCUGAACCGAGAUUGACCUAAACCCUUUUUAGCCCGUCAAAACCCGAAUUUAACCCGAGCUAUUACUAACCCGACCCGAAUUUAACCCGACCUAUUACAAACCCGACCCAAAUGUAACCCGACCUAUUACUGGAACUGUUAAAAGCUGACCCGAACUGAAAAAUUUACCCGAACCCGGUUCCGAUACGACCCAACCUGAAACUAACCCUAGUUAAACCCGAGUUAACCCGAGUAUUUGAGACCCGAAUUCGAACAUUAUAUGACGUAUUUACCAAACUUAUGUUCUAAAAAUCUAAACUAAACUAUCUUACUCGAUUAAUAUGAACUUAUUAUAUACAUAUAUCUUAUCUAAACUUGUUUGAACUUAUUAACUUAAAUAAAAACUAGUCUGAAAUCGUUUCCUAAAAUGAGUGGAACCAAUGAAAAAUAGAUUAGAAUAGGGCCUGAACAUAUAUAUUUUAUCGAAAUUAAUAUGAACUUUUUAUAAUUUAUCUUAAAUUUACAUGAUCACAUUUAGUUCGAAUUUGAACUUAUAUGAAAUUAUUUAUCCUAAAAUAAGCGAAAAAAUGUAAUAAAUGAAGAAAUUGAUAUUGAUUAAACAUAAACGUCAAUACAUGAACUUUUAAUAAACCGACACGAAAAAUACACCUGAACCCGAUAUGACCCGACCUAAAAUCAACCCGAGACCCAAAUUAACCCAAUAUUUGAAACACAAACCCGAACAUGACCCGACUUGGAAAUGACCCGACCUGAUUAUAACUCGCAAAUUAUUGACUUGAACCGAACCCGACUCGAACCCGAGAAUGACCCUAACUCGUUUCAACCCGUUAAAACCCGAAUUAAACCCGACCUAUUGUUCACCCGACCCGAAUGUAACCUGACUUGUUAUUGACCUGACUUAAACCCGAUAAGAUAUAUGAACCGACAUGACCCGACUUAAACAUGACCCAACCCGAACCCGACUUGCAUAGGUUACGAUAUUAACCCGAAAUGACCCGACCCAGACUAACCCGACUCAAAUCCAACCUGUUUACCCGAAUUGACACCUCUACUUGUAUAUGACUGCCAUUGAGAAUUUUCUUUAUACUUCAUAUUUAUCUACAUGCAUACAUAAUAUUACAUUUUUUAUGAAAAUAUUCAUCUUGAUAUGUCUUUCACAAUAUCAAUUUUUUUUAAACCAUUAUAAAAUUAAAGGUGUGAUGUAUAAUGCAUAAUUUAUUUCUCUUUAUAUUGUAAUAUUAAAGGAACACAACAUUCCCUUUGUUCAAAAACAGUGCUUGUGAAUGUAUUAAGUCUCAAAUUCCUUUCUAAAAAAAAAAAAGGUGGUCUCAUAUUCAAAUUUCACAUUCUAAUUAUAGGUAAUAAGUAUAAGGUACAAGGGUGAAAGAUUAAAGGCUAUUAAGGUAGUAUAUAUAUAGGGUGUUGUUAAACGUCGUUCGCAUUUUACUAGGUGACGUUCACAUUUUUUACAUGAAUUUCCUAAAUUGCCCUCCGUAUAUAAAUACUCGAUAAAGUAAGUUAGGGCUUUACGAGACAUUUCCCAUCUCACAAAAUCACUCUUUGACACUUUCUCUCUCUAAAACCUUCCAACAAAUCUGAAAUUUUGACAAAAAAAAAAUCAGAAAUUUUUUUUUUUAAAAAAAAACCAAAAUAGUUGAAGGCUACUCAAACACAAGCAAAUCUUGCAAUCAAACGUUGAAUCCGACAAUGGCAGACCGACGGAGAAUUAGGCUAACGUUUGGUGGUCGUGGUGGCGGCGUUAGCGGCGGCGAGCCGAUUGAGGGUUCUGGUCCUCGUCAUGCAAGAUCAAGACGUUUGAAUGCGUCUGUUAGGAUGGAGUUAGGUGGUGUAGGACCUUCACAUGCACUGUUUCAGCAUGAGCAGCAGUAUGGGACUGCUGGUGCUUGGUCGGGGGAGCACCAGUCACAGGGGAGCGCCCCCAUGUAUUCGUCUACUGGAGUGCCUUCAUCAGAUGAGGAUGAGGAUGAAGAUCGAGGAAGUCAAUCUGCUGCAGAUGCACAGUAUGACCCUCAGGAUUACCGUACUGUGUAUAGGGGUGACCAUAGGAGAUAUGUUAGCAGUAGUGAACCAGGUCAAGCUUCUACCAGCUCGUCAGAGUCAUGGGUGGUGCAGGAGCCGAUGCCAGGUGGGCCUGAGGAUGGUACCGUUAUUCCGAGUUUUGGGGGUCACGUGUCUGCCUACAUAUGGGGUGGGCAGGAGCGAAACGUGUUGCGGUGUUUGAGCAGGACACAGUUGUGUUCUGAAUUGGCUAACUGGCGCGCUCGUCUGCCGCCGGAGCACCUGGAACCGAUUGAUGGCACUGGUAUAUCUCAUUUACCCGGGAUCAUGUUCCGGCGAUUUGACUGGCCCUUAAUUUCUGCUUUUGUUGAGAGAUGGCAGCCAGACACGAACACGUUUCACAUGCCUUUUGGGGAGAUCACGAUCAUGCUGCAUGAUGUGUAUCAUAUUCUAGGGCUUCGUGUUGACGGUUCCAUGGUUUCCACUACUCCUAGCAUGGACGUUUUACGGGACGCGUGCUCGGUUACCUUGGAUAUGACUGAGGAAGAGCUGAAUGAGAAGUGCGGUACCAAAACCGUAUGGCAGGGUAGUGGGGUCCUGACUGAGAGGAUAGUGGAGUCGACCUUGGAGGCGCAGAGGCCCUUCAGUUUCCAUUACAGAGCGUACCUGUGGUUAGUACUUGGCGGUUGUUUGUUUUUGGACAAGAGUGGAAACCGUACUCAUCCUUCCUUCCUCAACGAGUUGUUUGUUGAGGAUGUUCAGAUUAGUGAGUACUCCUGGGGUUCUGCUGUGCUAGCAUACAUGUACCGGCAAUUGGGUACAGCAUCACGAAGAGAUGCCGAUUCUAUCACUGGCUGCCUUACGCUUCUGCAGGCGUGGAUCUACGAGUACUUUCCGUAAUUCCGGCCUCAGCAGGGGACCUUGACCAGAGAACUUGCUAUUCCUCGUGCGUCCGCCUGGGAUGUUGGAUCGGGGUGCCCUAACAAGAGCAUGGAGCGCCUUCUCGCUUUUCGGGCUAGGUAGGAUCAUUUGACUGACAAUGAAGUUAACUGGCUACCGUACGGAGUUGAUCCAGCACGACGCGUGCCUGCUACUCUUUUCAUUGGCUGCAUCCAGUAUCGUAGCAUCAUUGAGCCAUACAUGCCUGAUCGAGUGGUUCGACAACUUGGAUACGUCCAGGGCAUUCCACCAGCCAUUAUCAGGCCUGAGAAGGCUAAGAGACCGACGAACUUGAAGAUGUAUCGGGUUGACUUUCCGCCAGAGAUGACAUCUGUGAUGUGGACUCGGUUUGUCCCUGGUAUGUCUUUUAGUAUCGUGGUAGGUGCCCUCAGCAGACUUGGUGGUGGUGCUCCUACAGUCGGUCCUGGUUACAUGCAGUGGCUGUACCGAUUUUCUCAUCCAUGUGUUUCUCCAGUUGCGUCAUCACAUGAGAGUCGCACACUGCCAGAGAGAACUAACACGGAUUACUGGAUGGGUCGGUCUAUGGAGGUCAUCAAAAGGACCCUAGAGGAGUAUCCGAGCCUAUCGCGUGAUACAAGAGCAAUGGCUGAGGCGCUACGAGCUGAUUGGAGGGCGAUGAUGGGGUUGUGAACUUCCUGUUUUUUUUUAUUUCCCUUGUACGCAUUUCGUUUAUGUACUAUUUAUUCGUCACGUACUUUAAGUAUUGAACAACUGUUUUGGUGGUUUUGAAAAUAUUUUGUUUAAUUAAGUUCAAUUCGUUGCAAAUUACAUAACGACAACUGUUUAACAUAAAUGAAAGUACAACAACAUGUUCACUAUCUAAUUAAGGCAUCCCACAUGUUCCUUCUAGCUUCGUAACGCUGAUCCCAACCGUCAACACUUGGGUCGUGGUGCUCGGUCCACCAACCUGCAACCGGGGGAAGUGGCGAAUCAGGCGCAAGUUCAAUACAAAUAAAAUGUGAGGCCCCAACUGUAGCGAUGACAAACUCUCGCUCCGGUGCUGUGACCCCCCUUCUUGCCCGCAACGGCAAUAUCGUGAGGCAUGGGUAGUAGCAAGUUGG